UCCGGAUGUUGUCAUCGCUGACUUCACAGCCUCUGCUUUGCGCGCUUGUAUUUUGUUUCCUGUUUGCACCAAACAACAAAUUCACAACAAAAAGAACUAAAGGCCAUAAAAUGUGAGUGUACUUUAAUUAAAUAUGAUCUAAGAUUAAACCCGCAUUUUAAUGGACUCCAGCUCAAACCCCUCCGCGGGACGAGAAAAGCAGCCUCUCGGAGACCGACUGAUGUCUGACCGCACGUCUCUGGCCUCUUACACCGAGUAUCCCGCCGGACGUCCCUUCAUAAACACACCCCUGCCCUUCACAAACAGAGCCGUCAAAGCCUUUCCUGAGAGCAGCGGUGCAGCCAUUCUUUCUGCGCUGAAGAACCUGCAGGAGAAGAUCCGUCAUUUGGAGCUGGAGCGAUGUGAAGCUCAGCAGAAGCUCAGAGAAUCAGACCACAGAGACGACGACAGACACAAAAACCACGAUCUGCUCUCUCAGCUGUCUGCGGCCGAGACUCGAUGCUCACGCUUAGAGAAACAGCUGGAGCACAUGAGGAAGACCGUGAGAAGCACAGAAUCGGACAGAACUGCUGUGCUUCGCCAACAGGUGUCUCUGGAGCGUCUGGGCUCAGCGGAUCGGGCUGAUGUUCAGCGGAAGCUGCAGAAGCUGGAUCUGCUGGAGCAGGAGUAUCAUCGGCUGACGGAGACUCAGAGCGCCGCCGAGAGGAAGAUCAGGCAGCUGGAGAGAAAACUACAGGAAGAGGAGCAUCAGAGGAAACUGGUGCAAGACAAAGCAGCUCAGCUGCAGAUGGGUCUAGAAGCCAAUCGUCUGCUCAUUCAGUCUGUGUCUCCACGUCCACAUAAAUCCAGCAGAAACAAACAGAAGAAGCUCUCAGCAAAGAAACAUCCAUUGCAGUCGCAGCCUCAGCCGCAUUACAGACUCAGUCUGGGAGACGUGCCGUUUGUGACCGGGACGUCGACUGGCUCGAGUCACUCUGUGCGAGCAAACGUCCAGCACGUCCUUCAUCUCAUGAAACAGCAUCAUCCUCAGCUGUGUAACGAGCGAGUGCUGGGACACUCCCCCUCCACCAAUCACAGCACUCGCCAGGCCAGCAGUAGCUCCUCCUCUUCCUCUUCCUGUGGUGAGGAGCUGUCAGAGCUGCUGCUGACGCUGCAGGACGAGUUUGGACACAUGAGCUUCGAGCAGCAGGAGUUGGCCAAACAGAUCCAGUCAUGUGGUUCGGAUCGUAUGCGGCAGGAUUUGGAGCGUGAGAUGGAGACACUCGUGAAGAGGAUGGAGAAUAAAGGAGAACAGAUCGCUAAAGUCCGGCGACAUCAAACUCAGAUGGAGAAGUUGAGGCGACAGUGUGGUCAGCAGAGCGACGGCGGAGGACAGAUUAAAGUCUGGAGUGAAGGUCACUCUGCCGGGUCAAAGGUGGUCAAAGCCAGACCGGGUGAGCGCAGUCGAGACAGUCUGCGUCUGCUGAAAGACAUGCGCUCGCUGCAGACCUCACUGCGCAGCCAGCAGCUCAGCUGGGAAUACUGAGAUCACGUGAUCGGAUUCAUUCACGUGUGGGUCGGGGUCAAAGGUCAGCCCAAAGUCAAAAGAAGAAAGAUUAUUUUCAUGACAAUUUCUAUAUUCAUUUUAAUCACUUAAAUAGGCAUCAGUGCAGUAAAACCAAAAGAGAUCUUUUUUUUUUUUUUUUUGCAUUACAAAAUUGACUUAAAAUUCCUAAAAUAAUGUCACAAUGCAGAGAAUCUUAUUGUUCUAAUUUUGUUUUGUUAAUUCAGAAUAUCAUUUCUUUUGUUUGUUUGACGAGCUUUACCCAUUGAACUUCUUAUUUGAUCACUUUCUUUUUUUGGUUGCUUUUCAUAGUUUUUCCAGAUGUUUGAUUUUAUUUGGAAAACAAAUGAUGUUUGAUGACGAGCCGAACAGAAUCUGAAUUCUGAAGAUGAGGCUCUGUGAAAAAUCCAGAAACACAUCAUAUCAGCUGUUUUAUUAGUGUUUUUCAUUUUUAUCACAUGAAGGGUUUAUUUUGUGUUAAGAAAUAUUUCUGGAGCAGAAUAAAGGACAGACUGAUUCGAAACAAAAAAUGAACUAGUUCUUUCUACCUCAGAUAUUACCCAGAAUUCCUGUACUGCGUUUGGUAGCACUUUACAGUAAGAUCUCAUUUGUUAACAUUAGUAAAUGCAUUAAAAUCAACUUACAAUUUGUAAUUAUAUUUUUACAGCAUCUAUUAAUGCUACUUAAUUUUUUCAUAUUUAUUUACAUGAACAGAUAAAACGUUUGAUCUUAUUUUUUUUAACUAUAAAUAAAAGUUUUUUAUUGUCAGUUCAUGUUAACUAAUGUUAGCCAAUGGAACCUUAUUGUAAAGCGUUACUUUUUUAAACUAAUUUAAACUUGUUUUUCAGUGUUUAUGAUCUUUUCAACAUUCCAAAGAUUCCAGCUAUUUUUUUCUUUGGUAAAAUGAUUCGGCCUGUAUUAUAAUGUUUACAUAUUUCUGUUGGCAAUCAUUCUGUUUGUUUCCAUGAUAGAGUGAAAUGUGAGUGGUUUAAUGAAUAUUAUACAGUAAAAAAUACGUAUGAUGGAUUUUAUUUGAAUUGAGCAGCGAUUUAUUAAAGCUGCAGUCGUGUGUGUGUGUGUGUGUGUGUGUGUGUGUGUGUGUGAUGCUCAGACUCAUGCUUUGUGUGAGAAUGUCUUUAAAUAUGUUUGAAAUAUUUAUUUUUG